AGAACCACUCGAGUAUGCUAUAGGGUACACUGCGAAAAAAACACCCUGUCUGUGACAAGCAUGUUAAUGCUUGGUGUAUUUACUCAAAAAACGUGCUUUCGGCAGCACUAACAAUGGACCUAAGAGUUUCUCACCAAGUCCCAAAGGGAUCUCAAAAACCCGUGCAAAAACAGCAGGUGCAAUACACUGAUAUUAAUGACCCAAGAGCUCCCUUUGUGAAUGGGGUUGCGGUGACGCAGAGGGGAUUGGUUCCUGAAAGUUUGGGACAUGACAAAACAUUUUCUGCGAGUGGUUAGAGAAGAUAAGCUAACGGUAUUAAUACAUUGGUCACAACCAGUUUAUUUGCUAUUAAAACUUAUUUCUACGGUAGCGUGUCGAGCUACAAGAAGAAGAGACGUUUCUUGUUGUCCACAGUCUCGGGCCUUUCCAAUAGGAGGGGUGCUUCAUGUCUGAGCCAGUGUUUUCCAUCACUGCCAGAGAUGGUGCAGUGUCUCCGUUCUGUUAAGAGCUCCCACAGUAAUCCACUUGUCAUUUAGAACUGAAGAGUGCACACACACCAGUGUCUCCGUUCUGUUAAGAGCUCCCACAGAAAUCCACUUGUCAUUUAGAACUGAAGAGUGCACACACACACCAGAGACACACUUCAUAACGGAAAGAAGAGGAUUGAGAGGCAUCUGGUUUUGUUUUUGUAUUGCUGUUUUAUUCCAGUGGACAAAUAUUCAACCCGGGAGAGCUGUUGGGCAAUGAUUUCCACACAUCAGCAAAGGACAUAAAGUUUGAAAUAUAAUCCUUUUGUUCUUCAAAGCUUUUGACGAAAAAAAACAAAACAAACAUCCCUGAAAUUGUAAUCUUGGGUGUUUUAUUUUUUUUUAUAUGAGCACUGCCAAUCAUGAUGGGUAAAGCAGGGUUGCUGUUACUGAUGCUGUGGGGCUGUACAGUAUGUGGAAGCCAAACUUCAAUGCAGAGAUCACCACCGGGAACUUUGGAUUUUGGGUUUGUUCCCUCUGGAGUUUAUGAAACACAUGCAUAUUUUGAACCCGGACCUAUAGGAAUCCUUUUUCACUUAGUACACACUUUCCUUCAUGUGGUGCAGCCCAAUCCUUUUCCUCAAGAUCUCAUCACAAAGGUGGCACAGCAGAAGUUGAGAGAAGUCAAACAAGAGUAUAAAAAGCCAGAAAACAUUGUGCUGACACUCCAGGCCAUCUACUAUGAAAUCGGUUUCAUUGUAUGCGCUUCUCUGGGAGUGCUUUUUGUUCUGUUCAUGCCUCUUGUGGGGCUUUGCUUCUGCAUGUGUCGUUGCUGUGACAACUGCGGAGGGGAGAUGCACCAGAGACAGAAGAAGAAUGCUGACUGCCGGCGAGGCUGCUUCGUAACAUUACUCUUUCUGACGUCUCUCAUAAUCUCAGCCGGUGUUCUGUGCGCGUACUCAGCCAAUCAAAAUCUAUCAACCCAGCUGAAGGGAGUCCGGAAGCUUGGCAAUAGCAAUUUCAGGGAUCUGAAAACCUUUGUAAACGACACUCCAGCGCAAAUCGAGUAUCUGGCUAACCAGUACAACACUGCCAAGAACAAGGUCAUUUCUGACCUAGAUAAUAUAGGUCCUUUGCUUGGCAGUAGGAUUCAUGCACAGUUGGGAAAAGAAGUUCUUCCUGCACUAGAUGGGGUUCUAGGUUUGGCUGGAGUCAAAGUGGAAAGGUCUAUCAAAGCCAUGAGAGAAACAAAAGAAGCUUUGGAGAAUGUGAGUGUCUCGCUGGAGGUGUUGCAGGAAGCAACCGACAGUCUGCAGGUGAACCUGAUCAACGAGCAAGCGAGGCUGAGCAACACACUUAAUGACCCAGCCUGCUCCUCGCCAGGGGUCUCCACCACCUGCAGUGACAUCAGAAGAACACUGAGUCAGCUCAGCAUCAACGCAAACUUCAGCACGUUGCCUAAUGUAGACACAGAGUUGGCAAAUGUGAAAAAUGUUCUUAAGACCGACUUGAGCAAUAUCGUUCAAAAGGGAUAUUCAACGUUUAACGACACCCCAGGACUGGUAAAGAACCAAACUACAAAUAUUGUAUCAGGCAUCAAGUCCAUUCUGGAUGACAUUGGGUCUAACAUCACCAGCUUCUCCAAGCAGAUCCCUGUUCAGGACAUUCUUGCCAAUGUCACCCUGUACCUCAGUCAGAGCCAGUCAUACGUGGAGGACUACUAUCCUGUGAUUGACAAGUAUGAUUUCUAUAGGUGGAUGGGGUGCAUCGUAGUCUGCUGCAUGGUGGCUCUUAUCCUUACCUUCAACUUCCUGGGCCUGCUGUGUGGCACCUGUGGGUACGACAAGCAUGCCUCCCCCACCACCAGGGGCUUCAUCUCCAACACUGGUGGCAACCUGCUCAUGGCAGGUGUUGGGUUCAGCUUUCUCUUCUCCUGGGUGCUGAUGCUCAUUGUAAUGAUUGCUUUCGUCGUGGGAGGAAAUGUCGAGAAGCUGGUCUGUGAGCCUUUCGGGAACAGAGCUUUGUUUAGGGUUCUGGAUACUCCCUAUUUGAUAAAUCCAUAUUGGAAGAACUUCCUGCCUGGCUUCCUCUAUCAGAAUCCUGAAAUAGAUCUGACCUUUGAAAAGCUUUAUAGUAACUGCAAAGAGAAUAAAGGCAUCUAUACAGCACUACAGCUGGAUAAUAUUUUCAACAUCAGUAAUUAUUUAGACACAAGCAUUUAUACCAAGGAUGUGGUUGACGUGUUUGAAUUUGUAAAUGUGAAUCUGAGUGACAUGGUCCUACUCGACGCCAAAGCAAAACAGAAUCUUCUGAAUUUCACUAAUACUGGCAUUGUGAGCAUCAACUAUGAUGCCUACUUAGCAGAGAUCAACAAAGGUGUAACAAAAGUGGAUCUGUUGUCAUUUGCUAAUAACCUGGAAGCUCAGGCAGACAAGCUGCCAAAGGGAGCGCUGGAGAAUGCGUUGAAAGGUCAUGCAAGCAGUAUUCGCUUCAUUCAUGGUCAACAGGUGGUGCCACUGGAGCAAGCCAUGGCUGCCAAGAAAUAUGUUAAAGCAAGGAGCACUUUAAAUCAGAGUAUCCGUUUCCUGCAGAGGACUACAUCUGAUCUCCCAAAUAAAGUGAAUAAUGUGAUCAGUGCUAUUGAUGCAGCACAAAACCUCAUCACCAACAAUGCAUCCUUAAUUAUUACCCUGGAAACAAAAAAAUAUAUGGAAGUGAUGAUUGGCUACUUUAAGCAAUACCUGAACUGGGUCAAGAAUUCUAUGAUGAUGGAAGUUGCAGCUUGCAAGCCUGUGGCCAAUAUAGUAGAUACAGUUGAGAUUGUAACCUGCAGCUUCGUAGUGGAUUCCUUGAACACUUUCUGGUUUGGCCUGGGAUGCUGCACAGUAUUUUUGAUCCCAAGUAUAAUAAUUUCUGUGAAGCUUGCCAAAUUCUUUCGCAGAAUGGACUCCGAGGAUGUGUAUGAUGACAUUGAGACUAUACCCAUGAAAACUAUGGAAAUUGGUAAUAAUGGUUAUCAUAAUGAACAUUUACAUGGUAUUCAAAACCCUGUAAUGACAAGCAUCCCUUCCUAUGACACUAUGACUAGAUUCCCCCGAGCUUCUGCACCCCCAAGGCAAGCUGAGUGGGGAGACUAACCAGGGUUCUCUGGCCCAGACAAGUCUGGAAAAUUGGUAGAAGACACUGACCCUUUCCCUAAGGGAGAUCAAGCUCCUGUUUCUUGGACAGAAUGACCAUAUCAUGUCUGAAUGAAGUCCAUCACUAGGACAGAUGGUUUUUAGGCUGUUUUCCCCCAUUCUUCAGUCUGCUAUCCUCCUAUCUUCAUGACUAAAAUCAACGAGGAAUGAACUAUCCAAACACCAAACUUGUAACAUUGGUUAGCCCCCCCCCCCACACACACACAGGCCCUACCUAUAUAAAUCAAAUCACAAAUGUACGUUUACACUGUAGAAAUUUGUGGUAACAGUUAAAGGAGAAUCAUGUCACACUUCACAUUAGAUUAUGUCAAACCUGAAUCUUUUUCUUUAGCAGUGCUAUCCUAUAACACAUUUGCCACAGUUCUUGUGCAUGUUAGAUAGCUGUUGAUCAAUUUACUUUUGUUAUUUUAAAUAAAUAUAUCUUUCCUAUAUAUAUAUAUAGAUAUAUAUAUAUAAGGAGACUGCAAGUAUUUUGAAAAUUGUAUAUAUUUAUGCUAAGGUAGUUCCUUUUUCUCUACUAUCAAGCUGCAGCAUCCUUUCAACCACAUAUUCUUUUUUUUUUUAACUUAUUUUUGUACAUCUCGUUCCUAAGCAAGAUGUUGUGAAUUACUUUUUUUAAUACACCCUCGACUUCACACCAGUAUUUAAAAUACCCCCAGAACUUUUCUGUUGUCUUUAUCCAUCCUGUUGAUUCUCUAAAUUCUGCUGCUUUAAUUGGAUACAAGAAAAUAUUCUAUAACCUUGGCCCUGUAGUUAAUUGGUAAUAAAUCUCUAGUUGAGCUGAAUUAAGAAAGGUAUGUUACUAUCGGGUCUCACUCCACUCGAGUUUUGCUUAAGAUCACAUUUAUAGUUACAGUUGCAAUUAGUGCUAAAAAGGAUCAGGCAACAACUGUAUUCAUAAUGACUGCACAGAAAAAAAGAUGCCAGCUUCACUCACCCUUCAGGCGUAUUUUUUCCAUAUAUAUUGUUAAUUUAAAAGGCAUGGUCAGUCACCUUAACACCUGUAAGAUAUGCCAUAAACUGUUCCCUAUGAAUGCUAAACACACAUAAAUCUACAUUUAUAGGUGCUUGCAAUCUGCCCAUGUGAGUAGAAUUGCACGAUUUGUGAUAUAGCUGUUCACAACAGUGAAAAUGAUGACAGCUACCACAGGAAAAGUACCCCACUGUUGAUCUGAAGUGUAAACAAACAUGUUCUAAAGAUUUCAACCCAGUGAGUUAUUCCUGCUGUAUUUAUUGUUAAUUUGUUUCCACAAGUAUUGCAAGUACAGUGCAAGUUAGACAAAAUAAACCUUUUUUUAGUAAAAGAAAAUGUGUAUAUAGCAUUCACUGUUGUAGAUUUACAAGAAGUUUCUAUUUUUAACUUGCUGAAUUGUACCCAUUCAAUAAAGUAAAGUCUUGUUAAAUAUGUAA